GGAGGUAAGGCAGGGUUUUCCUACACACACACAGAGAGAGAAUCUCUCUCUGCCAAAUGCUGGUCAAACUCACGCUCUAUCUCUGCGUGUAGUCACAUAUCUCCGUUAGCCCAUGUCCCGCGCAAUUCAACGGGAAUUUUUGAAAGAAUACUUUCACGCUAACGACUUACGCGACUGGAGUGCAAAAUCUGUUGUGCAAGCGCUCUUCCUGGAUUGCCCACUUCCUCCUACGAACCGAACAACUGUCUCUGACGUCCUUGAGAUACUCAAGAACUUCGCGGAAGAGGAUUCUCUUCCCAAAGAUUUACGAGAGAGAGCUGCACGACUGAUUAUUGAUCCGGCAUACUGCAGAUCUCUAGAUAAGUCCCUUCAGCGGACGCUUAAAAAACGCGACAUGACCACUUAUCGCAUACAUAGUCGCGGUAAAUUCAUCAACAACGUCAGCGGCUCAAAUGAACAUGUCCAUAUCGCCCAUGCGCAUCCGCAGAGGACCUUCGACGAAGAACGCGAAGAGAACUCUCUUCAUGAACCACUGCGUAUGGACGCCUUGGGUACAUAUCAGAAGAUAGAGUUGGAGAAAGAGCAUGAAGAGAACGCUCUUCAUGAAACACUGCGUUUGAACGCGUCCGGUACUUUUCUGAAGAGGAAGUUGGGGGACGAACAUGAAGAGAACGCUCUUCAUGGACCACUGCGAUUGGACGCCUCGGGCACUUGUCGUGAUGAAGUGGAAGUACCACCCCCACUACCUACAACGCAGAUGAAUACAGUUUUUGAGAAGGCGAUAUCGGCAAUGAUCAACUUUCGAAAGGAGCAUAAAGCAACAAGUACUCUCUUCUGGUCAGCGCUGGACUUACGAGAUCAUGACCCCGAUUACCCUUUGGAUGAUAAUGAAAGAGCUACGGAAUUUGUCGACUACACCACCCACCAGCAGCUUGUGAGUCAAUUCGAGCGGAUCAUGAAUCGCGCUAGUGCAAAGCUGAGUUCCUCAGCUGUGGCGCUGUUGUCAGUGAUGCGAACACUCCUGGAAUGUCAUGAGCUGAACAGAGAUGUCUCUGUUCUCGCGAGAACCAUAAUGGUCCAUGGUACUGCAGGUCUCAUUGACUUACUGAAGCGGUCUCUUCGGAACCUCACAGAGAGGAUACUCUCUGAAGACGACGAAGACCAUACAUCUCAAACAUCGGAGGAUUCUGCCGCUGAAGAGUGCAAUGAAACUCGUGAGAUUUGGAGCAAGUUGGAAAAUGACGCCAGGCAGAUGGAUAAGGACGACGAGAUGACUAUCUGGAUCUGCAGAAAAUUGGUUGAAUGCGCCGACAUUGCGAACUGUCCACAGAACCCCACGGAGAGGACCAUUGACAUCUACUAUGUUGUCCCUUUUGCCAAAUUGCCGAACGCAGGAGUACGUUAUGGUGAAGGAUGUUCGCGCGCCGAUGACGAGGACAAGAAAAGACGACAAUCCACUACCAGCGGCGGAAAGAAGGUUGAUUUCGACUACUUUCUGGGUACUGAUGAAAUUGGGGUGGGUGAGAAUUUCGGCUACAAAUCUUCCCGUGACAAACGUGAUGGAGACUUCAUUGCGGCGACCAAGUGUGCAAUAGCACAAAUUCGAUCCUUGGUCAAGAAGACGUGUGUGCAUCUGGAAGCACAGAACAUCGCGCCGUCCAAGGAGCUCAAACACGGAUUUGCUCAGAUUGCUGUACCAUUCCACGUUAUCCGAGACUACACCGUUCGCUUUUUCUGCAUGUUCGUUGUAUGCGAUGAGCUCUACGCAUUUGCAGAGUGGGCCGCGGUUGAUUCUGCAGGCAUGAAUGGAGAGAUCCUCUCCAUCUUGGACAUGGCUGAGAACUUUUUGCUCUUUGAGGCCCUCGCCGGAAAUGCUGCAUCCUUACAGGCAGAUUUACAAACAGCUGCACGCCGUCUUGUAUCUACAUUCGGCAAGAAGCAGCGAAGGGCCAGCAUUUGGUCCAGAGGCGGUGCUCAUGGCGUAAAGCCGCGACCUCUGGUGAAGAACAGCACAGAUCGACCUAAAACCUGGUCUCGCGCGUCAGCACCGCUCGCUGGUGCUACACCAAAGAAGAAGGUCCGUUAGCUCCUGUCCGGAAGAGAUUCUCUUCCGAAUAGCGUGCUUUGUAAACUCAAGAGACGGUGUCGCAAAAGAUUGUUGUUUUAUUUUACAUUACAUAUCCUAUCUUCUUGCAA